AAUAAACAAAGUUAAAUAAUUACAAUAGUAACAAAUAGGUUAUCUGUAUACAAUAAAAUCCAUGGAAAUAGUAGUAAAUAUUAAUAUUUAUACUAGCAAAUUGUCAAUUAAUUUGUUUAAAAUGGCUACAAAAGAGGCUAUCGAUAAACAUGAAGAUUUUAAAAAAUAUUUAUAUAAAUCAGGUCUUUUUGAAGCUUUAACCAAAGUAUUAAUAAAUCUCUAUGAACUAGAAAUAAAGUCAAUAAAUCCUUUGGAUUACAUUCGUACUCAUAUGACACAAAUAAUACAUGAGAAGGAUGAGUUGAAAAUAUUGAAAUCUAAACAUUAUGAUUUAAUUACACAAAUUCAGAUAAUCCAAAAAGAGAAUACAGAUUUAGUAAAUUCAAUAAAAGAAUUGGAAAACUAUAAGUAAGAGUAAUCUAUAUAACUUACAAACUAAAGAAUAUGUGAAAGAAACAAA